GUCAGCUUGGGAUCCACGUGGAUCCCACAUGUCAGGCUCCCACGUCAUCUCUCUCCCUUCCUCCUCUCUCUCUCUCACUCUUCUCCUGUUGCAAGCCGGCCGGCAGCGAAAACGGUGGCGCCGCCACGCCACCGGAGAGGGUGGUGCUGCGGGGGGCACGCGACAGAGGUGGGCGGCGCCAGUGCUGAGGAGGAGGAGGAGGUCGUGGCGCUGUCGUCGUCGUCGUCCUCGGCGCUGGGGAAGAAGGUGGGCGCGGCGGCGGAGGGUGCUAGGGGGUUGCCGCGCCUGGUGCGGUACGAGGUGCUGGUGCUCGUGCUGCAGUUUCUGUACAGCGGGCUGUACAGGCGUCGGUGGCGACGCCUAAGAGCGGGCCGCUCCCGGGGUUGCUGGCACACGCGGUGCGGCGCUGCCGUCGACCUCGCCCUCGACACGCUCGCCGCCGCGCGCUCCUUCGGCGUCGAGCAGCUCGCCCUGCUGGUUCUGGUACUGCGAAAAAUUCAGGAACACGACGUAGUGUACGCGUCAUGUGCAUCCUGCAGCUGCAAAUAAUCGAAAUUCCUCUUCCAACCUUGCAAUUCGAACUUGGGAUCUGCUGCUAACACUGGAUAUUGAUUAAGAGUACAUGAUGGUAGUUAGGCUGGCAUGAUUGGAGCAUCUUUUUUGGUGACAUUAAGGAGUCAGCAGAAGCAAUGUUCAAGUCUGAGCUGAUCCUGCUGCAUGCUUGCCUAGAUCCCUAGGUUGCAUGCCCCCUUUGCCUUUUUUUCCCGAUUACUGAGCGAGCUGAGCUGCACGAUUCAUGCACUACUGCUCUCAACUGUGGCAUCUGAUCCAUGCGCAGUAGCUGCAGCAGAAUCUAGUGCAUGCCCUCACUUCAUUCA